UGAGGGUUUAACCCACAGGGAACUGUUUAAUCAAACAGUUUCUUGUGAGUCUGCCGUUCCUCUCUGGAGGGCUCAUCCCUGAGCGGAGAGGAGCUGGGUACAAUGAGCCUAUUCAGGGCGGCAAGUAAAAUGCCCAGUGCGUCCCUUUUCUCGGUAGCAUCAUUCUUUGCCUCCUGUGCCUCUCUUUUGUCCUGCCUAUUGCGUAACAUGAGCAUGGGUGUAGGGAGUGCAUGGGUUGCCAGCAGUGAGAGUGUGGCCGAGGACACCUGCCUGAUGACUUAGUCACCGGAGCAGGCAGCCCUGGGCAAGCUUCCCAGGAACUGCUCUGCCACUACGCAAGCCCUGCCCUGCACCUUCUCUUCUGUCUGAGUCACUUACCUCUCAUGGGUUGCCCUGGGCAGAGAGGAGAGACACACCCCAUUCAGGAGCCCUCACCCCAGGGAGGCAGGGUAGCAGGUAGUCGAGCGCAGAUUCUAGAGAAGAUUUGAAUUCCAGCUCUGCUACUUACCGACCGUGUGAAUUUAGAGAAGAUGCUUAACCUAUGUCAUUUCCUCACCUGUAAAACGGAGGUGAUAAAUGUGUUUACCUCGUAAGGUUGUCACAUGGAUAAAAGACAUAAUCCAUAAACAGCACCUAAAAUAACAUCUGCAACAUAAUUCUAGCACUCAGUAACUUCCUUAUUUGCUUAUUUCCCAAAUGUCAUUUGUUUAUCCGCUCAUUAAACACUGGCAGGAAAUGUUAUCAAGAAGCUAACUGUAGUUAUGUCUGGGUGGGGGCGUCACAGGGGAUUUUGUUGUCCAGUUUUUGCUUAUUUACAUUUUCUAAACUUUGUCCAAUAAAUAUGUGUUAAUUUUUUAAUAAGUGAAAACAAACUCACAGGGGAUCUACAGGCUGAGUGGGUACCAAGCGGAGACAUGACCAUUGCCCCUAGUGGACUUUAAAGUCUAAGGAAGGAGACAAAACAGGUAGAUUAAUGAUGUAAGGGGCUGGGUACAGAAGCAGUCCCCCCCCCCCACCGUGGCACCUAGCGUUUCAGAAAUGCCAUCAGUUUUUGCCCAGCUGCCUUUGUAUAUGGUCUUCACGGGUCUGGAAGGAGGAACGUAUGAUGACACACACAGUCAGAGAGAAGAGCCACUCCUUUCAUUAUCCCAGCGCCCCAGGGGGACGGGGAUGGAGGACGGAAUCCUUGACAUUUCUUUCUAAGACACCCACUCCUAGAAAAGGGCUUGUGCCAAAGAAAACAAUGAGAUUCUUUAGGUAGCACCUCUUAGAAAUAAGAAGUAUCAGCCCAGGAUGCAAAGCAGCAGGUCAAAUGGAACGAAGAAGUAAUUUCCUGUCUCUCUCUCUCUCUCUCCAUAGCAUUAUUAGCAUCAUCAUUAUUCUGGCUGGAGCAAUUGCAUUUAUCAUCGGUUUUGGUAUUUCAGGAAGACAUUCGAUCACAGUCACCACUCUCACCUCAGCUGGGAACAUCGGGGAGGAUGGAAUCCUGAGCUGCACUUUUGAACCUGACAUCAAACUCUCUGAUAUCGUGAUACAGUGGCUGAAGGAAGGUGUUACGGGCUUGGUCCACGAGUUCAAAAAAGGCAAAGAUGACCUGUCAGACCAGGAUGAGAUGUUCAGAGGCCGGACAGCAGUGUUUGCUGAUCAAGUGAUAGUUGGCAAUGCCUCUCUGAGGCUGAAAAAUGUGCAACUCACAGAUGCUGGUACAUAUAAAUGUUACAUCAUCACUUCUAAAGGCAAGGGGAAUGCUAAGCUCGAGUAUAAAACUGGAGCAUUCAGCAUCCCAGAGGUGAAUGUGGACUCUAACGCCAGCUCAGAGAGCUUACGAUGUGAGGCUCCCCGAUGGUUUCCCCAGCCUACGGUGGUCUGGACAUCCCAGGUUGACCAGGGAGCCAACUUCUCAGAAGUGUCCGACACCAGCUUUGAGCUGAACCCUGAGAAUGUCACCAUGAAGGUUGUGUCCGUGCUCUACAACGUCACAAUCAACACCACAUACUCCUGUAUGAUUGAAAACGACAUUGCCAAAGCCACAGGGGAUAUCAGAGUGACAGACUCUGAGAUUAAAAGGCAAAGUCACCUACAGCUGCUGAACUCAAAGGCUUCCUUGUGUUUGUCUUCUUUUGUUGCCAUCAGCUGGGUACUCCUGCCUCUCUGUCCUUACCUGAUGCUAAAAUAAUGUAGCUGGGCUACACAGAAACAUGCAAAGUCAUUGGUAUGACAGAAUCCCAGGAAUCUUCAGAAAUAUUUCACCACAAGAUAUGACCUAGUUUUAUAUUUCUGGGGGGAAAUGAAUUCAUGACUAGAAGUUGAGAGUGAACAAAUAAGAUCAAGAAGCAAGAAGCCAAAAGCAACCCACAGAAGACUUCAAUCUGAACAAGAUAGAUUUAUCUUCAAAGACAUAUAUUAAAAGUUGGGAAAGUAAUUCUUUUGAGCUAGAGAAGUGUGUUAGGACUGUUAAGUAAAAUGCAUGUGGAAACAAGUGUAUCACCACAUCUCAGGGACCUCCUCAAACACAUCCCCACCAGGGGAGUGAGAGAAUGGGAUACCGCAUCCCUCUUGUCUCUGAAUCUUUAGCUAUUUUGCUGUAAUGUUGCUCUGAGGAAGUUCCUAGAAAGUUUUGAUUGCAAUAUAUCCAUGUUUUAUAAUCCACAAAUUGUGGUGGAUUCAGCAAGCUGCUGCUGAUUAGCUGCCACUUCACAAUUCAGAGGCAGCCACAUUUUAGUGAUAGGUAAAAAGAUUCACUUUUCAUUACAAUUCAAAAGUGCCCCAUAUAUUCUCCCACCUGGUACAUGCUCAAGAAAUGUGGGAAAUGAUCAUAAUGUUAACAUGAAAAAUACUGUUGGGUGGCACUGAUUUUCUAAACUACUUAACCAUGAGCAUCUUAUUUUUAAAACAAACUAAUGCCAUUUUACUUCAGAUGGUGUUCAUCCUUAAAUUAAUGAAAGGAUUUCUCAUCUUGACUAUAUGUGGCAUUAUACCAUCAACAAGACUUGAUGGACAGUGGUCACCUCAGCAUCUAGAGCAGUGACACUCAACCAGAGUGAUUUUUCACCACCCCAGGAGACAUCUGAACAUUUUGGAGAUGUAGUUGUUAAAACUCGGGGGAAGGGUGCUACUGGCAUCUAGUGGAUAGAACCCAGGUAUACUGCUCAACAUCCUACAACAUACAGGCCAUCCCCCCACAAUAAAGAAUUAUCCAGACUGAAAUGCCAAUCGUGCCGGGAUUAAGAAACCCUGAUAUAGAGUCAAAAAGGAUCUAAAAAAGAAGGAGCAAACUUGUUUGCUUCUUAAAACUGAGCAUUAGCCUUUGUCUCCUUGGCUGCUGCCUCAGCAGAGUUAGAACUCAGUUUCAGGCAACCAGGAAUUCCUGAUGGGAUCAUCUUCAGCUGGUUGAGCUUCUAAGUUCUUUUAUUCCUACUCUACAAAUCAAGUCCUAUGAGAUUGCUGCUUGAGUUCCAUCUCAAGUUCUCUCACUCUGAAUUUAGUCUCAGGACCCUGCCUAAGGCAACAAAAACAUGUAACUUCCUUGAAACAGAGACUUCUGAAAUCAGGGGCAAUGAAAUGAGGCCCUGAAGAACGAAGCUUUGAUAGAAAAGAAUGUUUUGUUUCUAGCCACCUCCCACAGGUGUUGACCACUGCCUCCCUGGCACUUUGGACCCACCAUGGCUGUAUUACAUUUUGUUAUACAGAAAAGUUGAUUUUAGAGUUCUAAUCAUUCAAGAGAAUGAUUAAAUAUACAUUUCCUAUGCUGUU